UCUCCUCGCUUUCCUCAGGUUCUCCUGUCCCCUCGCUUUCCUCAGGUUCUCCUGUCCCCUCGCUUUCCUCAGGUUCUCCUGUCCCCUCGCUUUCCUCAGGUUCUCCUGUCCCCUCGCUUUCCUCAGGUUCUCCUGUCCCCUCGCUUUCCUCAGGUUCUCCUGUCCCCUCGCUUUCCUCAGGUUCUCCUGUCCCCUCGCUUUCCUCAGGUUCUCCUGUCCCCUCGCUUUCCUCAGGUUCUCCUGUCCCCUCGCUUUCCUCAGGUUCUCCUGUCCCCUCGCUUUCCUCAGGUUCUCCUGUCCCCUCGCUUUCCUCAGGUUCUCCUGUCCCCUCGCUUUCCUCAGGUUCUCUUGCCUAUUUGAUAAUACUGAAUACAAAUAGCUGUAGACAGCUGUGUGUGUUCCUCCAGCUGUUUGUGUUUUUGUCCACACACACACAGUCAUUAAAAACAACCUUGUUAAUGUGAUGUCACCAUAUUACUGGAUAAUUAUUUAAUUACCGAGUCAUCUGCCCAGUUCAACCUACCCUAACACACACGCACACACAGAGUCUUUGGGACAUAUGAUCUAUUUAUAAUCUUAUAGUUUUGUUAAUAGGUGAGUGUUUAUACUUUUGUUUGAGUGGGUACUCAUCCACAUUGCUCUGGCCAAACACCAGGCCCACUGUUUCUUUUCCACCGUGAGGCUGGAUUUGUUCUCCUCCCUGAAGACUUCUCGAAUGUGAACACAUUAAAACGUUCUGAUUGGUCCCAGAAACCGAUAGGUUGGGUCAGAGCCUGAACACACUUGAGUAAAGCAGCGUUUUGGAAAUAGUUAUUGGCUUUGAUACUCUGAGUGGUUAGAGACAAUCCAAUCGCUGAUGACUUAAGUACAACGUCCCUCACUUGGACAUCAACAGAAAGGACUUCUACGAGGGCAGUCUGACUGAAUGUAUGUAGAGAGAGAUUAGUUAUAGUCGUGUUACUUUUCAAUGGGUUCCUGAAAACCUGAAGUCGCCAUCCACCCAGUAAAAAGUAGCCGUGGUUACACACGAAGCACCCAGAGCUCUUUCCCGCCCAUCUCCUCCUGCCUGGCAUGCUCUUACCGGAGGAACCCCCUACAUGCGCACCUGCCUCUGCUCUCCCUGGGCUACGUUUCUCCGCAGCGCAGGUGGCCGGUGUGUGUGAGACUCUGGAGGAGACCGGGGACGUCGAGCGGCUCGCGCGGUUUCUGUGGUCCCUGCCGGUGGCCCCAGGUGGCGCGUGCUUCAUUACAGAGCAUGAGUCCGUCCGGAGGGCGCGUGCCGUGGUCGCCUUUCACACCGAGAACUACCGCGAACUCUACUGCAUCCUGGAGAAUCACAGCUUUAUGCGUAGCGCCUCGCACGGUAAACUACAGGCCAUGUGGCUCGAGGCGCACUACCGGGAGGCUGAGAGGCUGCGCGGGCGAUCGCUGGGCCCGGUGGACAAGUACCGUAUCAGGAAGAAGUUCCCUUUACCAAGAACAAUCUGGGACGGCGAGACGAACACACACUGCUUCAAGGAGCGGACGCGGGGCCUGCUGAGGGAACGGUACCUCCAGGACCCCUACCCAGACCCCGCGAGGAAAAGGGAGCUGGCGCGCGCCACCGGGCUCACUCCAACACAGGUCGGGAACUGGUUCAAGAACCGAAGACAGAGAGACCGCGCUGCCGCCAACAAGAACAGGCUCGCGCACCACGGGAUGCGACCGGGAGCAAUGCUCGCUCUGGCCAGGACAGAAUGCAGCCCCACCGGAAGUGCAUGCAGCCCGGAGAUGAUCCUCUCUGUAAUGGACAGCGACUCUGACUUUGACAUCUGAAACUCAGCCCAUUGAUAACGGGAUACAUGCUACUAAGGGGCUUGGAUUUCACGGAGAAUUCAUAUGGACAUAUUUAUUUUUGUUAUGUUAUAAGAGUUUGCUGUCCGAAACAGACCUACAUGAUAUUUACAGUGUGCAGAACAUCCAUCUCGCUUUCUUUCGUUCUCUCUUUCUCACUCACUUCUGAUGCUUUUCUGACAAUCAUGGUGUUUAGUGCACCUUCCCUGUCUGUUUGUCUAUCUGUAAAUAAAUUAUUCACCUGAUGUCAGGAAAAUUGUACAGAAGGUCCUUCGAAGCACUGUAAAGGCCUGUAUGUUGGUUUAUAAUUGACAAAUACGUACUUUAUGAAAAUAAAUUACGUUGAUAUAUUU